GCCACCAUUAAUGGAUCUUUCACUCUCUCUCUCUCUACCGAAUUUGUCAUCUUCUUCGUCCCCACAAAUCACUCUCGAAGCUUGUCUUCCGUACUUGUUCCUCUUCUAAACCUCAUUGGACCUAAAUCCUGUGCCUCUCCCCAUCAGAUCGCUCUUCUCUCACCCUCUUAAUCUGAUCUUUUGAGCAUCCGUUUAAUGUCUUCAUCAAGCAUCACACUACUAUUUGCUUCACCUCUCUAGGUUACGCUACAGGUAAGACAAUAACCAAAACUAGACAUGGAACUGUAUGAGAUUCUCGAGCAAAUAGGAAAAGGAUCUUUCGGGUCAGCUCUUCUAGUGAGACAUAAGCAUGAGAAGAAAAAAUAUGUAUUGAAAAAGAUCCGUCUUGCCCGGCAAACUCAAAGGACCAGACGAUCUGCGCAUCAAGAGAUGGAGCUCAUCUCGAAAAUGCGGCAUCCAUUUAUUGUGGAAUACAAAGAUUCUUGGGUGGAAAAGGCUUGCUAUGUGUGCAUCGUCAUAGGUUAUUGUGAAGGAGGGGACAUGGCAGAAGCCAUCAAGAAAGCCAAUGGUGUGCAUUUUCAGGAAGAGAAACUGUGCAAGUGGCUUGUUCAGCUUCUGAUGGCCCUUGAUUACUUACACACGAACCAUAUUCUUCAUCGUGAUGUCAAGUGUUCUAACAUAUUCUUGACCAAGGAGAAAGAUAUACGCCUUGGUGAUUUUGGGUUAGCCAAGAUUCUAACAUCCGACAAUCUCACUUCCUCCGUUGUCGGAACUCCCAGCUAUAUGUGCCCUGAGCUUCUAGCUGAUAUACCUUAUGGUUCUAAAUCUGACAUUUGGUCUUUAGGAUGCUGUAUAUAUGAGAUGGCUUAUCUUAAGCCGGCAUUUAAAGCAUUUGAUAUGCAAGCACUGAUUAAUAAGAUAAACAAGACAAUUGUAUCUCCGCUCCCCGCAAAAUAUUCUGGUUCAUUCCGAGGUCUUGUCAAAAGCAUGCUGCGAAAAAACCCAGAAGUUCGGCCAUCUGCCUCAGAUUUACUUAGACAUCCACAUCUUCAACCUUACGUUCUAGAUGUCAAGCUCAGGCUCAAUAACCUGAGGAGACGCAAAACAUUACCGCCUCAGUUGCCAAAUUCUAAGGGGAUUAUGAAGAAAGCUCAUUUUUCUGAACCCGCUGUCACUUGUCCGGCCUUUGGGGAGAGACGACAUAGUUCUCUCUGGAAUGAUAGAGCUUUGAAUCCGGAAGCUGAAGAAGACACUGCAUCAUCUAUCAAAUGUAUAAGUCGCAGGGUUUCAGAUUUAUCAAUUGAGAGCAGCAGUAAAGGAACAGUGAUAUAUAAGCAAGUUUCUUCAAGUGCAUAUAAUGUCUCGAAGUAUCCUCUUGCAAAAACUUCAGCGGCAUCCAGAAGAACCAUGGAAACAGGAAGGAGAUUCGAACACUUGCAUCCAGUUUCAGGCGGUACCACCAGCAAGUUAGUUUUUUCGUCUCGCCGGACUUCUCUACCAUUCACGAAAAGGGCUACAACCCAAGAAGCUGCAGCAUACAAUCCAACAGUUGGGAUCUUGCAGAAAGUGAAGUCUCCAGAAUAUUCCAUUAAUGAGCCACAAGUUGAUAAGAUUGGUAUUUUUCCGUUAGCUCCAUAUGAACAGGACAUCUUCUUUACUCCCAUGCAAAGGAAAACAUCGUCCAAAAGCUCAUCUGUCUCAGACCGCUCUAUAACAAAAGACAAAUGCACAGUUGAAACGUGUAAAUCAGGAUCUGAUAACAUCACAAGGUGGCAGGGUAUCCAACACAACAUGUUAGAAUACAUAAGCGACGGGUCAUCAUCAUCUGAUCAAAAUGCAACUGCGGGUGCAUCAAGCCAGACCACAUCAUCUAACACAAGAAGAUGUCGAUUUGACCCAUCAUCGUAUCGUCAACGAGCUGAUGCUUUGGAGGGCUUGCUCGAGUUUAGUGCCAGAUUGUUACAAGAAGGGAGAUAUGAUGAACUCAACGUGUUGCUUAAGCCUUUUGGCCCAGGUAAGGUGUCUCCCAGAGAAACCGCUAUAUGGAUCGCAAAGAGCUUGAAGGAGAAUCAGGACAAGGCAAAAACGGCAGAUCUAAAAUGUUAAUAGAGAGAUACCACCUGUGGGUCUCCCCUGACAGGCUUCACUUUGUCUUAAUGUUCGGUUUAGCAAGUUAUGCUUAUGUAGAGUUUAUUUAGGUAUGAUGGCUGACACUUGUAAAAGAUGAGUAACAGAAGUAGUAGGUUGCAUUUCUGAACUCUUUGCUUGAGCCGAACUGCUAGCUUUGCGUUUUUAAUUUGUAGACCUUGAUAGGACUAACACUUUUUACGUCUUCUGUUAAUUCAGGCUUCAAAAAGGUUUCCAAUU